AUGUCUUCUUACUUUGCACUAGGUUCCACUGGUUUAUGCGGAAACUUCUUCGUCAACAUUGCGGCCAACUCGCCGAAUGUUGCCCGCAUUUAUACUGUCAGUCGUCGUGAACCAAAAGUCACCACGGACAGCUCCAAGCUCAUUGCCACUGUCGAGCCUGAUACCGACAAAUGGCCUGCUUUGAUCAAGAAUCUUGAUAUCCCCCAGCAUUCCACUUACUAUUCGUCGUUUGGAACCACCAGAAAGGCUGCAGGCAGCGCUGAGAACUUCAUCAAAAUUGACGAAGGCAUCAAUGUUGCUGCUGCCACUGCUGCCAAAGAAUCCGGAAAAUUUGACACUGCCGUGCUGGUGUCCAGCGCUGGUGCCAAUUCGUCCUCGCGGUUCUUGUAUUUGGCCACCAAGGGCCGUAUAGAGGAGAAGAUCAAGGAAUUGAAGUUCAAACGUACGAUUAUUUUGAGACCAGGUACUCUACUCGGUGAAAGAGAGCAUGCUCAUAGCUUGCUUGAGAGCGUUACCAGAAAAGUGGGAGGGGUUGUGAGAGGCACAAUGUUCGGAGGACUUCUUGCACAUCCUAUCAAGGGCGAGGAAGUUGCAAAGGUGGCCUUCUACUUAAGUCAGAAACCCAUUGAGGAGGACAAUGAGGUCAUUGUUGUUGACAGCAGUGAGAUGCUCAAGAUUGUUGAGGAUAAUGGUUUAUAA